AAUGACUUCAAAAUAAACGGGUGAGAAACGACAGCGACAUCUUUGAACGUUACGUGAGUGACCGGCAAAUCAUAAAAUAUUAAAUUUUCCAGAUUGCUUAUUAAUUAUUUAGUUUUAUCGGCAAGGGAACGAACGACACGAUGUUCGAUCAUUUCUAGCUAGCUGCUGCAUUCUAGCUGCUUUUUUUAAUCAAAAGCAUAGUACUUCUGCUCCCCGAAAGGUUCUCUUCUUGGUUCUUCAGCUGAAAUUCUUCUUUAUUCUGCAAGCAAAUAUCUUUCGGCGUAAUUUGGAAACUGUAUUAUCAGUUUAUCUCUUAGCAUCCAAAUCGCAAAAGCUCAAAGGUUUAUCUUCAAAGGUUUUGGUACUUAAUUAAACGUUGGGCUUCUACUAUUGAAGAGUUUCAAAAGCAAUCAUGGACGUCGAUUCACAACCAACUAUGGAGGAAACUAUAUUGGUUGGAGAUGAUUUGAUGAUGGGGCCACCAUCUCCUCUUAUCCCACCGGAAAUUGCCUCUCACGUGCUUGAAGGUGUUGAUCUAUGUGAUGGAAUUUUAAGGAACUUAUUUUUGUGUUUGCAAAUCAAUGAUAUUGAACCUUUCUGUCAAGAUGAGCUUGUUUUAUAUCGACAAUGUGCUGAAAAGAGGGAUAAGGAAAUUAGGCAAAGGCUUCAAGAUAGUGAACACAAAUUGGGUUUGUCAAUGCCUUUAGAUGAAGCAAAGGAAAGAGCUUCCCAGCUUGAAUCAGAAGUUACAUCACUGGAGAGGCGGUUGAUUCUUGCUAGUGGAAUUGAAGGCAUUGAAGGAUUUCGCCAGAGAUGGAGUUUGCAUGGUCGUCUUUCAGAUACUAAGAAAAGGUUGGAGUCCUUAAAGCAGGGCUUAGAGAACAGAAAGAAGGAUUUGAUCAAGGAUGAGCCAGCUCCAAGUUCAACUACCAAAAGAUGGUUCUUCUGGUGAGGGUUUGUGCUGCAAAUCUGCAACAUAUAGUAUCAUCUUUUCUAUAAAAUCCCUUCGUUGUGAUAAUAUAGUAUUAAUGAACUGAAUAUGGUCGAGAAGGGUGAGAUUUGAAGUGAAUUUUACAACUCACAAGACAUUUUCCCCGCACCAGAGACCAGCAUUAAGUCAUGAAUAUGGUAUUAAAAGUUACGCUGGAGACUUUAUGCCUAUGCAUAAAAGCAGCUGUGUGAAUAACCAUGCAUUAGGUUAGGUUUAUUUUAGUUCCAUUGUUCCUUCUUGAGUUGAUUAAUGUACACUAAGGAGUCGGUUAGCUGCAUUGCAGAAGCUGGAGCAGCUUUUGCUUGUCAUAUCACGGCAAACACUUUUGCAACAGAUUGUUCAUAUCAGUGCAAAUCUGUGAAAAUUGCUAUUAGCAAUGACUGGAAAAACUGAACAGCUAUUUCCUUUGGGAUCUUCAUCCCCCUUUAGAGCUUGUGAGCAUAUUGAAAUAUUAUUCUGAGAUGUAGUCAUAAAAUCAUAACUUAUUUUAGUACGAAGAUGGUAAUUGUUGGUAAAAAGCUUUGAUAUUUAACUUUUCAAA